AUGGCUGAAGUCUUCGGUACGGUAGCCAGCGCUUUAAGCGUGGCAGCCCUCUUUUACAAUUGCGUCAAUUGUUUCGAGUAUAUCCAACUAGGCCGCCAUUUCGCUCGAGACUACGAACGAUGCCAACUCAAGGUCGACGUUGCUCGAACCCGUUUAAGCCGAUGGGGCCAGACCGUGGCUAUCAACGAUGAUCCUCGAUUUGACACCGUUGAGUCGGAAGAUAGACAUGUUCAACAGGCCAAAAGCAUCUUGGUAGAGAUCGCCGAUCUUUUCGAGGACCUGCAGACCGCGUCAAGGCGGUAUACAACGCGCGCGAAGCAAGAGGGCCUCGAGCACCUCCAAGUCCAGAACAUGCAGCCAGUCCCCCAAAAACUGCACAACCGUCUCAAGGCAAUUGUCAGUCGAAGACAAAAAGGAACUGGCCUUCUUCAAAAGGCCGCCUGGGCAUUGUACGACGAGAAGAACUUUAGGAAAAUGAUAAAUGAAAUCACGGAGUUUACAAGUGCUUUGGAAAACUUAUUUCCCGUGAAGGAAAGCGUUCGUCGCAUGUUAGUAGAGAUGGAGAUCGAGGAGGUUAAUGACGAGCCGAGCCUGACCACAUUACAAGAUGUUGCCACAAAUUCGGAUAGUGUUCUAAGUCAGGUUGCUACGGAGAGAUUAGAAAUAUAUCGAGGAAGGAAUUAUGUGAAGAAUGUCCAAGGUGAAGAGAGCGCGCAUGUGCGGGUUGGAAAUGAAUGGACUGAGGCAGCACUCAGUUGUAGCUUGGGUCUACCUGGUCAAACAAGCAACGAGGCAGGCUCCGUCAUGAUGAAAGGCACAUCUGCAGUCCACAUUGGGAACAGCUCCACUUACCGAUAUACCGGGUUGAUUGUGGACAUGGAACAACGUUUCGAUUAUAUAUGUGGAACGCGGUACAGGUCCGUAUGCCAAAUGUUUUUAAAGAGAAUGUGCUUUGACGCACUUGCAACAACAUUUGCGCCAGAUAUAUUGCCUGGUGCCGAUUUGAAUGAUCGAAACUAG